CAACAAGAAGAAGCUCUCUCAUCAACUGCUAUCGACUGUUACACGCACUUUAGUUUUUGUGAACCCGAAAUCAAGCGGUUAAUUUCUCAGAUCUGAUUAGUCAGGAAGCAGACGCUGUGCCGCGGCAUCCGGGCCUUGGAGACGGUUGAUUUCAGAUCAAGAUGAAGGUGGCCAAGGCUGGCACCGAAACCCACAGCCGCACUCCUCAAGCGUGCGACCGAUGCCGAAAGAGCAAGGUUAAAUGCAGCGGUACUAGACCGAAUUGUCGGAACUGCCUGAAGCGCAAGAAGGGAUGCACUUGGCCUAGUACCCCUGCUCCAGGGGGUUAUUAUCAGAUCUUAGACUACGCCGAAGUGGAAUCAGGAACUGAUAGGAGGGUUUUGAAGGGAGCAGGGCCUAUACUCGAUGGCCCUGUUCGUGGUGACUGUAACAGUGCUUGUGUCCUUCCAGAAGCUCAUCUGCUUCAGCUCUUGCUAGGUAUCUUUCUAGCCCGUCACCACGAUGGAGAGCUGUGCUCCUUCUUGCACAAGCCAAGUCUUGAUAUGUCUGUGUUAGCCGUUCGGUCGCCUUUCCUAGUAAUGUCUAUUAUCAGUCUCUCAGCAUUAUACAUCCCCGAUGAUGAGGCACUGAGAGACUUUGGAUUCGAGGCUGUGGCGCUGUCGGACAAUUAUGCACGAUCUGCCAGGAGAUAUGCGCAAAGACUCUCUGACGAACCUUCAGUAUAUAAUAUCCAGGCGUUCUUAGUUCUCGCUAUCCGCGAACUGAUAACUUGGACGAAUUUAAAGGCCUGGAUGUAUGCCGGCACUGCCAUAAGAAUGUCACAAGCGCUGCAUCUUGGUUUGGAAUUCAAUCAGCACUCCCCAGGGCAAAAAGAAGUUCGAAGAAGAACUUUCUGGGCCUGUUUCGUAGUGGACCGUUUGAUCUCCUACUCCUGCAAUCAUCCAUUCGCCAUCAACCAGAUGUCGGCCCUCAUACAGCUUCCCUGUCCAGAGAACUCAUUUGCCUUUGAGGAGGAUUAUUCUGGCCCAUCCCUUGACAACAUCCUGCAGCACACGAACCAGCUGUCUCAACUUGGCAUUACACCGUUCUAUAUCACCAUGCUCCAGCUUUGGGGGAAUAUGGCCACUCUGCAUACCUCCGGGGGACGCAGAAGCUCAAAAUAUGCACCCACGGAUCCAGAAGGCGAGUUCUAUAAAACCGCAAAAGCCAUCGAUAACUUCGCCGCUGCCCUGCCUCCAAGUCUACGGUGGUCACCUCAGAAUUACAAAUUACACCAAGUCACAGGCCAAGCCCAGGCCUUCGUCAACUUAAACCUAUUACUCUUCCACUCCCGUUGCGUAAUGCACCAAGAGUACCUCCCCCAACUCGACUCCCAAUACAGCCUCGCCACCCUCCAAGUCGACGAAGCAGCCAGCUACGACGCCGCCGGCCUCUCCCUCGACUACUCCGACGCCCCCAUCAUCGAAUGCUGCAUCGACAGCGUCCACGCCCUCACGGACAUGGCCACCAUGCUCACCCAAGGCACCGAACAAGACCAACAGCUCCUCCAGUCUCCCUUCGCCGCAAACGCACUUAUGACAUCAGCCGCUGUCCACCUUUGGAUCCUAUACACGCAGACAUGCGAUAAAUGCCCCAAGGAUGUCGCAGAAGUCAACUUCGCAAAGCUGCUCGAUAUCAUCCGCUCGUGGCAGAGCCGCUGGCGCGUAGCCUGCGCCUGGGCUGAGACGCUGGAGAUGUUACGGAACUUGUAUAGCUUUUCCUAUGGCACGGCUGUCACUGUUGACUUUGACUAUUGGGAGACGGGCACGGAUGAGAUUACUGAUAGCCCGACGCUUGUUGAGGAGGCGGGAGAUGCUAAUGGUGCGCAUACUGGGUUGUCGGAUGGGGAUGGCAUUGUGGACCCGUCAGCGAUCGCGCAGCGCUUGCAUGAUAAGGUUAAGGGUAUAAUGCUGAAUCCCCUGUAUGCAACGGAUGUGAAGAAGCAUAAUUUGAGGGUUUACUGCAGGACGGUAUGGCAACAUAUGUGGAAUAUGUGGAGUUUUGAGCCCUUGGAGUCGUUUGAUUCUGAUUUGAUAAUUCAAUAGUCCACAAUAAACUACAUGAGCAGUGCGUUGAUUUCCUACGAGAAAAGAAAUGUGUAUGCCAUUGGUUACGAAGAACUAAGACGACAAUCACUAGCAAAAGAGAACCCGCUCUAAAAUGACGUUCGUUCCACGACCUCGAAGGGAAGUUCAGCACCCAACUCCUUUGCGGCUGUCAACGCCGUCCUUACGCAAUUCUCAAGCAAUGUAAGACUGUCGUUGUUCCAGCUGCCUGUCGCAAAUACUCCACCAUCUCCGUUCCUCCACCCCUGAGUCUUAGUCGCACCAUUCAACAACCCCUCUCUCUCCGUGGCCUUCUUUCCUCCGGACCCAGGAGC